AUGGCAAAAUCUUCAGUAUUAGACUUGGAUCCAUCCUGGUUUGACCCCUUCAAAACAGUGUUGCAGCAGGUUCUUGCGACUAAGGAAGCCGAAUUGACCUUUGCUCAGAUCAUCGAUGGCCUACCAACUGCUCCUAUUGCCUUCAAAUAUGGCGUUGAUGAUAUGCGGUCAGAUAUUAUAGACCGAGCGGUCCCCUGCGGCGAUUCACUUUCUAUCUUUCAAAGCUUCCGUGAGAAAUUCGAUACUUCUACCCUUCAGCUUGACUUGCAGGCAUGA